AUGUCGACCCGGCUCGUUCGAUUGGAAGCUUUGAUCAAUUCGUCAUCAAAGACUCAUCGAGCCGAUGCCCAUGGUGGACAUGGGAGAGCAGCCCCUACAGAGGAUACCUCGAUCGUUCGAACCAACUUCCGUGUGGCGGCACUCCCCAAGGACGACCGAUCAGCGAUUACAAUACACGAGGUUGAAAGAUUGGACAAUGCCACCAGGUCUGAAUCGACCUGGGUGCCAUCUAAUCUCGACUCGACCCUGGACCGUCGUCAGCCUAGAUCCGUAGCAGGCGCAAAUUUUGACGGCCAAGGGAACAGUACUGGAUCUGAUCACGAUCAGAUGCCACGCGUCAUCAUCGAUGCAGCGUACUUCCAGAGUCAGCAGAGCCAAACCGCUACGACUGCCACAACAGGUCUCAAAUCGCCGAGCGUCGCAAAGACUGGAAGCGCCCAAGCUCUAGCAGAAAGCCCAAAGCAACUCUUAGCCGAGAUGUCUAACAGGGAAUACUUUGCAUUCUUUACAAAAUCGCUCGAUGCCGCCUUCGGUAUUGUUGACCAAUACUGGUUCUGCACUACUCUGCUUGAACAUUUUCGAAGACCGAGUCCAGAUGAUGAAGAUCUAUCGUGGUUUGCCCUCCGCUUCACGGUAUAUGCGUUCGGAUGUCGAAUCGCUCUGAGUCAGACUGAGCCAUAUGCACGUGCGGCCGAGGCGUCCAUGGCUCUUUUCAGAAACGCUUUGUCGGUACAGUCAGACAUCAUGCAUCGUCACGCUACCAUCAACGGCGUCAGAGCCUUAUCGCUCAUGGCAUACUUCAGCGAGGGCAUCGGUAGCCCCCACAUGACAUAUACCCUGAUCUCGAAUGCAAUGCGCCUGGCCAUUGCAAAAGGGCUCCACUGCCAGGCACCGCCUACGUGGAGACUUUCACGGCGGGAAAUUUUGCAACGCAACCAGCUGUUUUGGAAUAUAUACGUACUGGAUAGGCAGAUUUCUUCCCGCUCGGGACUUCCACCAGCCAUAGACGACGAUGAGAUUAGCUGCGAGACUCCCGAGAUAUCUACUAGCGUCAGUGAUACAAGCGCCACAUUCACCACGAUCUGUGUCCUGCUUGGACAAAUUCAAUCGCAAGCAUAUAGGCGCUUGUCAAGUGCCCGAGCCCGGCGACAACCUACAGAAAAAAUGAUACGCGCAGUGACCGAGCUGAACGCCAAGGUAGAUUCCUUAAAACAUACCGUCAAGCACUUCAUACCGUUCGAUGACGCUGUCGAGGAUACCCAAUUGCCACAAAACAUGACCAGAUGUCAGCUCAUGGUGGCAUACUUUCUCUACUACAGCGUUUUGAUCGACAUCCACAGCUCUUUGCUUGUCCCUUGGUUCCAUUUCACCGACUCAGGCCAAUUCGACGCGUUUCGAGCCCAGGUGGAAAGCUCUUGUCGUACCGUUGCCGAGACUGCGCGCCGCAUCAUCCUGUGCACUGGCUUGAUCCGUCUGAAGCCCAAUACACCGGUACUGCUUGCACUGUAUGGACCAUUCCGGGCAUCCAUCAUGCUUUUCAUCCAUAUCCUGUCCAAUCCAGGUGCGGCCACCGCCCAGUCUGAUCUGGUUCUGAUGGGUGUCGCCUCGGGAUACGCUCAUCGUCUCAAUUUUGAGACGGGCGGUGCUUUCAAUUGGCCAUACAUUGGUGAGUGGGCUGCAGCGGCUUCCGCGGCCGUUCACUCAGCCAGACCCUCCGGUGCAGGUUUCGCAGCUCAAGUUCGCGAACCCAACACUGCGAUGAUGGACUCAUCAGAUGCUGGUGUCGGUGCUCAAAAUGAAGCUGAAUCCAACACUCCCAACUCGGGUGAAAACCAAUACUUCCAAGAGUUAUUUGACCCUUCAUUCGAAGGCGACAUGGACCUAUGGAGCACGUUGGUACCUGUUGUAUCUUCAGAGGAACUGGACAUGGACAUCUUUGCGACCUGA